AUGGCACAACCCCCCACAGAGUCAGCUGUGCCUCCAACGGCCGCGACGGGGCCAACAACAGCAGUACCGGUCCCUGCUCAAGCUCCAGCCCCAGCUCCUUCAGCUUCAGCAACGUCCACCACUACCUCCACUGCCGCCACAUCACCAGAGACCGUCCUCGAUGCCUCACUCUUGUCGCAUCUAUCACGGGUCUUUGCGCUCCACGCCGACAAGAACGACAACCAGUGGCACGCUGACCAGGUGGCUACCUUUCUGACACACGUGCAGGGUGAAUCGCCCGCCCAAGGAAAUGCACCACCCGCCCUUGAUUUCCACGGCUUCUUGCGCUACAUCACGUCCGAGGCCGCCGACAUUGUCGCGCCCGCGCCCGUCCAGGACAUUGACAGCUACCCGCUGUCUAGUUAUUUUAUCAACUCGAGUCACAACACCUACCUGACGGGCAACCAGCUGUACAGCGACGCCAGCACGGCCGCCUACCGCCACGUGCUCGAGCGCGGCUGCCGGUGCAUCGAGAUUGACGUCUGGGACGGCGACGACGACGACGUUGAUGACGACGAUGCGGAAGACACAAGUGCCAGCAGCAGCGACGAGGAGGGCGGCGCGGCGCCCGCGAAUCAGACCAAGCGGGCCUCGCGCAAGGACAUGAUGAAGCGCUACAAGGCCAAGGCCAAGGAGACGCUGCCGACAUCGCUCGCGGAACGGCUGUCGCGGUCGACGCUGGGCCGGCGACUGGAGCACUACGUGGAGAAGAAGAUUGAGGGGAAGCCCAAGCCCAAGCCGAAGCCGAAACCCACGCCGGCUGCCGCGGCAGGCAAUCCAGCAGCUUCGGGAGCUGUCGACAGCAUGACCCCCGUCGAGCCCCGCGUGCUGCACGGCCACACACUCACUCGGGAGGUCUCCUUCCGGGAUGUCUGCGUGGCGAUCCGUGAGUAUGGCUUCGCCACGACAGACACGCCGCUGAUUGUCAGUCUGGAGGUCCACUGCACGGCCGGGCAGCAGGACGUCAUGGUCCAGAUCAUGGAGCUGGAGUGGAAGGGCCUGCUGCUGGAGAGAGGCAAGAACCCGGCCGCUUCGCUGCCAUCGCCAGGCAGCCUGCGCAACAAAAUCUUGAUCAAGGUCAAGUACAUACCGGCAGGCGGGGCUUCGUCUCCAAGCAGUCCACGAGGCAGCACGCCUUCGAACUCCAGCCUCGGAACUGGCACCGGCACCGGCACUCCUGCCGACCCCGGCCUCUCCUCCAAACUCGCCAACAUUGCCACCGAAACCUCCACUGUCGAGUCGCCUCCAUCAGGUAUACCGACCGGAGGCACACCAGCCGGCCGCACACCUGCUCCGGGCACACCAGGUGGCACCGCCUCUGGGGUUGCCGCCAAAAAGCCCUCCAAAAUCAUCCAGGCCCUCAGCCAGCUGGGCGUCUAUACCCAGGGCGUCUCCUUCAAGAGCUUGUCUCAGCCCGAGGCCUACAUGCCCACCCACGUCUUCUCCCUCUCCGAGAAGAGUUUGAUGGAGGUCCAUGCCAAGCACGGCCCCGCCUUGUUCUCGCACAACCGCCGCUUUCUCAUGCGCGCCUACCCUUCGGGCCUGCGCAUCGGUUCGUCCAACCUGGACCCAGCGCGCUUCUGGCGCAAGGGUGUGCAGAUUGUCGCGCUCAACUGGCAAAACUGCGACGAGGGCAUGAUGCUCAACGAUGCCAUGUUCCUCGGCACCGGCGGCUACGUCUUGAAGCCCGAAGGCUACCGUGGCGACAAACUGGGAACGCCGCCACCGCCGCCCCCGGCCGUCGACACGACCUUCCAGCCGCCACCGACGCAUAGCACGGUCGUCCCACCGCCCGUUGCGCCAAAACUGCUCGACCUGUCCAUCACCGUCUUGGCCGCUCAGGGCCUGGCACUGCCGCGCAAGACGGCCAGCCGGGACGGCAGCGUCAGCAGCGAUGUGGACAGCAACAAGGUGGUGUCACCCUCGACAUCCACUCGCACGCUGCGGCCGUUUGUCAAGGUCGUCCUGCACGUCGAUGACCACCCAGAGCGGCCCGACGCGCCAGAGGCUGGUGGUGCCGGUGGCGACGAUGCCGAAGAGGACGAAGGCGGCGAGUACAAGGCCAAGACGCCCGUAUUCAGGGAGACGGUGUCUGGUGGCGGUGGACGCAACCCGGAUUUCAACGGCGUGGUCCUGCGCUUCGCCAACGUGCCCAUGGCCGCGCUGCUGCCGGCGGCGACGACGGCCGAGGAGCACCGACGCGCCCAAGAAGCAAAGACAACGGCCGAGGUGUCGGCAUCCACGGCCGCGACGUUGUCGUUUGUGCGGUUCCUGGUCAAGGACACGGGCGGGACCAUGCACCGGGACGUGCUGCUGAGCUGGGCGUCGGUGCGGCUGGACCGGUUGCGGCCAGGCUACCGGCUGGUGCAUUUGCGGGAUCCGGUGCAUGGACGGCGGAAUGGAGCGGUCGUCCUAGUGAAGAUUGAGAAGACGAUUUUAUGA